CCGCUUAAACUAACGAACGAACACUCAAAGCGUUCGUUUUUGACAUGCCUUAUCGGUUUGUUAAAGUUUCCUACGGACUAUCAUUUGGUGCACCGAUACGUAUAGUACACACAAGCACGAAAUGACCAGUGACAAGUUUCUACUAGUUUGUUCAUUAAGCGUAUUUUUGUACGCAGGGUUUGCAUUUGCAUCUAAAAAGAAAGGUGUCGUUGGGUGGGCUUCAGGACUAUUGUGUGACGAUUUUAAAAAUCUCAAUAAUAUCGCUUGGUGGUAUGACUAUAAAAACGACCUCACUACUUACCACCAGACUGUGACUCAGGCAUGUCCUCACUCCUUUCAUUACAUGCCUGAAUUUAUUCCAACAAUUUGGAAAUCUAAAUGGAAUGGCGCAAUACACAUGAAUAUUUCAAGCAGCGCACCGUAUGUUAUGGUUUUGAACGAACCCGACCAAGCCGUCCAAACAAACAUGUCUGCCCAGCAAGUAGCUGAUCUUUGGCCAGAAAUUGAAAAACAUUCUCAUGGAAAACCAAUUCUAAGUCCUGCCCCGGCACAUCAUAACUUUCAGUGGUUGGAUGAGUUCUUUCAUGUAUGCAAUGGUUGUCGUAUUGACUAUGUAGCUGCGCAUGCGUAUAGCUGUAAUGCCAAUCACAUCAUGUCGUAUUUGGAAAAGCUGUAUCAUAGAUACAACAAGAAAAUUUGGCUCACCGAGUUUGCCUGCCCGAACUCUUCAGACGAACACCAACAACUACAUUUAAUGAGAAAUCUGUUACCAAAACUUGAGGCGGCGCCUUACGUGCUAAGGUAUUCUUGGUUUAUGGCGAGAGUUAAGCGAAUAUUUGGUGGUGGAUUCAUAAAUCCUGCCGCCAGUCUUUUGCACAAUAAUUCUUCCACUCUCACGAUGAUCGGACACUACUACAAUAACUUUAAUGGGAACGGUCAUUCCUCACACAUUGUUGGUUAAUUAGUUCAUUUUCUUGAAAAAAGUGUUGAAUAAACGCAUCUUAUCAACUGUUUUAUGAUACAUUUCACGUUAAUUUACAACUAAUAUAAAACAUUAUUCAGCUUUUGGGACUGAAGAUCUUUAUAAAGCAGACAUACAAGCAGGCAAUAUAUUGUUUUAAUUCAGGGAAAUAAAUGGAAAAAGUCAUCUCCUUCAUUUUACAAAUGUGGUGCAAAAAGUUUAGAUAUUGACAUAAACGAUAACAUGCUAUAAAUUGCAAGAUUUAUCGCAUGAAAUAUAUUUUUGCUUUGUUUUUAUUUCUUAAAAAGAAUAAAAGUUUUAUCAGUCAAUUGAUAUCUAGAUCAAGGAGCGAGAGUUAGCUU